UUCUUAAUCACCUGACCAAUUGCAUAGAACCUUUAAAUGAGUGUUUUGGUCAUCAUUGUCCGCAGUCUUAAAUUAUUAUUUUGUCAGGACGUGUUUAGUGAACAGUAUCUGAUCAAGUUAGCGAGAUAUUUUUUCGUAUAUAAUGUAUGGUACUUUUCCGUCGCUCUCACCAUUGGCCCGUUUAAAGAUGAUCAUGCCCUGAUCCUUCUGAAAGACCAAACGAGCCGAUAAAUCCCUCUCAAUUUAACACUGCUUGGGGGCAUAGUGCAUUUUCACUGGCACCGUUGUUCGUUCAAAAACAUUUGUCGGCGAGCGAAUGCAGCCUGUAACACUGAGUCAGACUCGUUACUCCAGCGCUGAGGUUGAGCGUGUCCGCGUCACAAAGUCCAGGUAAUAGCUAAUUUAUACAAAGACAAAGUUCACUUUCCGGUUGUCAGAGUUGUGUAAAAACACCGGGGUUUCGACGAAAGAAGAACCCCGUAGCGGAAGCGAGGAUGUCGGGGCAGCUGCGCGUGGCGGUCGUGGGUGCCGGGGGGGCGGGGCUUUGCGCCGCUCGCCACAUCCUGUCCCGCCAGGGCGUUUUCCGGCCCCCGGUAGUGUACGAGCUCUCCAGUGCGGUGGGCGGGACCUGGGUGUACGAGGAGUGCACAGGCUGCCAUGACAACGGACUGCCCAUUCAUAGCAGCAUGUACCGGGACCUCAGGACCAACCUGCCCAAGGAGGUCAUGAUGUUCCCAGAUUUCCCCUUUGACCCCCAGCUGCCCUCCUUUCUGCCCCAUCAGGAAGUGCUGCGAUACCUGGAGAGAUACAGUCAGCACUACGGUAUCACCCCUCACAUCCGGUUUGAAACAGUGGUGGAGGAAGUGAAGCCAGUCACCAUGGAGACGGGGGAGGGAAAGCUGACGUGGGAGGUGACAUCAUCAGGUGGGCAGUGUGGACGAAGGACAGAGACGUUCGACGCCGUGUUCGUAUGCAACGGUCAUUACUCUGACCCCCACCUGCCCUCCAUCCCAGGACUGGAACACUUUAAAGGCACCCUGUUACACAGCCACUCCUAUCGCUACCCAGACCCUUUCGCUGGCCAAUCAGUGGUGGUGCUGGGGGCGGGACCGUCAGGAUUGGACAUCUCCUUUGAACUAGCGAGCGUCAACGCCCAGGUCACUCUGAGUCACGGCAGACCCCCCCUGCAGUUCCCCCUGCCCCCCCAGAUCCAGCAGGCCCCCCCGGUGUGCAGGGUGCUGAAGGACGGGGCAGUGCAGUUUCAGGACGGGGAAGUGGCCCACCCCCAAGUGCUCCUGCUCUGUACAGGCUACAGGUUCAGCUACCCCUUCCUGGACCCGACGCAGCUGGGCCUGCAGGUGCAGACUCACCUGGUCUCCCCGCUCUACAAGCACCUGCUGCCGCCUGCCUGCCCCUCCCUCUUCAUCGUAGGCGUGUGCAAGAUCAUCUGCCCCUUCCCCCACUUCCAUUCGCAGGUGCAGUUUGCUCUGGCGGUACUAGAGGGCACCGUUUCCCUGCCCUCGAAGGCAGAGAUGGAGGAGGAGGUCCAGAGAGAGAUGGAGAGGAAGCUGGCGGAGGGGGUGAAGCCCCAGCACCUGCUCAAUUUGGAGUGGAGCCAGUGGGAGUACUACCAGGCCCUGGCAGGCAUGGGGGGGUUCAGCCCCCCUCCCCCCGUCACUCAGAGUCUGUAUGAGGAAGUGCGGCAACAGAGGCAGAGACACCCGCAAAAAUACAGGCAGCUGAACUAUCGACUCAUCAGUGACACGCAGUGGGAAGAGGUGGAACUGCAGCCUAACAGGCCGGAGGACUGGGACAGAGUGACUGAGACACAGGAGAAGGAGAGGUUGGAGAGAAAUGUGGAUUAAAACCCUGGAGCAGAUAAGGGACACUGAAUGCAACAAGCGCGAAUCCACAAUAGCUGCGACCGCACACACGCAUACAUCCAUGUGUGUGUGCAUCCACGCACACACCCUCACAAACACCUGACCUCUUCUUUGGCUCAUGGCCAUUUUGUUUCACAGCAGCUGAACGUAACAGUUCUAGUGAACAGGCUCAAUUAGUGAUUUCAACACAGAAACUGAGUAGGUGGCACGACUGAGGUUAGUUCAACACUCCUGUGAGAAAAGCCAUGAUAAUGUGCUUUUAGAGAGCUCAGCAUAACACCUGAUGGAUGUUCAAAACCUUUUGAAAACAUUCAGUCAUUGUUUUCAAAGGUACAGAGAUCAUAGUGGAAAUGUAUUCCUACCUAACAUUAAAGCAAGUAUUGUGUUUAAACAUAAAAUAUGAAAAGGAUAAUGAAACAAAUUGUUAGAUAAUUAAAGCUUUGAAAAUCAUAGUGUUUUUCAAAAUGCCAACGCAAAAGACGUUUCAGAAGAAAAUGCGAGAGAGGUUUAUUUAAAAAAUAGGAUCAGGUAGACAUAGUCCAAACAAUAAUAAAAUUAAUUGCAAUUAAAUGUCUUGUUUGAUUAUUUGAAUUUUAUCCAUGAUGUAUGAUUUAAAAAGUAACUGCUUCCAAGUGACGAUCUCGUGUCAUUUUGCAUUUCUCUGUAGUUUAAAA